AUCCACCGAUGCUCGUGGUGCCGACCAAAAUCAGCGACACAACACUGACGUAUGCGGCACGGUACCGCAGCAAGGGGCGCUUGCCGGUUCUAUGUUACUUGCAUCCAAAUAAGGCCAGCAUGACACGGUCCUCGCAGCCCAUGGUCGGCCUAAAGCAGGCGCGGUCGGUACAGGAUGAGAAGCUCGUGGAGGCCAUCUUGGCGUCAUCGGAGCCUGAUGGCGUGACGCCGCGGUUCGACUACGAACGGUCCAACAUUAUCAUUGACGCACGGCCCACCACCAACGCCGUGGUGAACCGGGCCGUGGGCGCUGGCUCCGAGAACAUGGACCACUACAAGCGCUGUCGCAAAGUCUAUCUGGGCAUCGACAAUAUCCACGUCAUGCGGGACGCACUGAACAAGCUCGUCGAUUCUAUCCAAAGCGACGACGGGUCGGACCGCGGUGUGGUGGCUAGGAUACAGAGCUCGAAAACAAACUGGCUCAAGCACAUCGAGAACAUCAUGGUUGGUGUCAAAACCAUCGUGGAGACUAUUGACCAGGGAAAGCACGCCGUGGUGCACUGCUCGGAUGGCUGGGACAGAACCGCGCAGCUCACCAGCCUGGCGCAGCUGUGCCUGGAUCCGUAUUACCGGACCAUUCAGGGGUUUGCUGUGCUUGUCGAGAAGGAGUGGGUGUCGUUUGGCCACCAGUUCUCGCUUCGCUGCGGCCACACCGGCCACCCAGGCCGCUUCAAGGUCACCAGGGCCUCCAGCAAGCGGCCCAAGGGCUCCACCGACGACACCGAGUCAUCAUCAUCACCGGCGGCGGAUAAUAGCGACGUCGAGAGCAAUGCAGAUAACUCGGGUGCGGAUAAUGGCGCUGAGGCGGGAGGGUUCGAUUUCAUGCAGACUUCGUCGAUGUUUGGGAGAUUUGCGUCGCGUGCCUUCAAAACCGUGCAGUCGCGCGUGUCCUCGGCUAUCCAGGCCGCCAACGACAGUUUGGAUGACACUGACGACCCCGAUCCGUUCUUUGCAGACUACCCCGAUCUGCAGCCAAACUAUGUGCCGCCGUCCUCAAGCGGGGAGGCAAAGUCUGGCGGCGGGUUCCGGCUUGUACGUUCCAAGCACGACCAUGAGACCAGCCCAGUAUUCCACCAGUUCCUCGACUGUGUGUUCCAGCUCUGGGUCCAGCACCCGACCAUGUUUGAGUUCAACGAGCGGUUCUUGCUGGAUCUAUUUUACCACCUGUAUUCGGCGCAAUUCGGCACGUUCCUGGGCAAUAACGCGCGCGAGCGGGCCGAUGAGGACUUUGCCGGAAAGUCAAAGAGCAUCUGGUCGUGGGUCGGCCAGAAGAUGAAAGAAAACGAGGACGCGUAUCGGAACGAUCUGUUCAACGAAGAUACAGUCGCGGGCCGCGAGAGGGUCAUUCUGCCCGACACAGGGUACAUACAGUACUGGUCUGCGCUGUUUUCGUGCCAUGACCCAGCGUUGGCUGAUAGGGAGGAGACUUUUUCUGACGAGGCCGAAACUGAAGGCGAACAGGCUGCCGAGGUCGAAGAAGCCAAGGAGGAGGCUGGAGGAGAGGGGCAAGCGACAGAGGCUGCUGCAACGAGUGCGCCGCCUGUGGCUGCAGCUCAGGAGGCGACUCCCACCCCAAAGUCCCGGGCCACUGAUCCGCUGACUGCUGCGCUCGAGGAGAUGACCAUGGAUGGCACCAAUGUUUGGGCUGACUAGCAGGGGCCAGGUCCCACAUUACUCUCGAUAACUCUGUACUUUUUUUGCUCA